UAACUGUAGCUAGUGUGCUAUACUGGAUUGGCAAUUUAGUCUGACAUGUGAUUUGAAUGUCCGGUUACCAGUUAGUGUGUGUGCAGACUGUUGCAAUCCAAGUAAUGGUUUGAAUAAGUGGAUUCUUAAAAAACAACCACUGUUUCCAAAGAUUUAUAGUGUUUCUUAAACUAUGGCACUCAAUGAGAGUGACUUUUGGAUAGAUACCGUUCGCUUCCUGUUUGAAUUGUUCUGUGAAGUGUCGCCCGGUGAUCACGUAAGAGAGCCCUACAUAGUGAGGAAAUACCCAGAGACUUACAAAAAUGAGGAAGAGUUGAAAAACAUACCAAAGUUUACAUUCCCAUGUCAGUUUGAAAACACAUUCGUCCAACAUUACUCGUUCGUGCUGACGUCGGUGGACUCCAAGUACACGUUCUGCUUCUGCCGCUACGACCCGAAGACGAACACGGCUCUGGUGCUGCUGUCCCACCUGCCAUGGCACGACAUCUUCUACAAGCUGCUGUCGUGCGCGGCGGCGCUGGCGGGCGGCGAGCGGCGCGCCGAGCUGGCGGCGUUCCUGGACGCGUGCCGCGCGCGCCCGCCGCCGCCCGGGCACGCGCUGCGCGUCACGUACGACGCCGGCCGCGGCGUGUUCGCGUGCCAGCGCCCCGACCACAAGCUGCCCACCAUCCCCGAGAACUGCAACCUCACGGAGUACUUCAGCGCCGUGGACGCCAAGUGCAUGGCGGGGCUGUGGGCGGCGCUCCUGCACGAGCGGCGCGUGGCCGUGGUGGCCAGCAAGCCGGCGCGGCUGUCGGCGUGCGUGCAGGCGGCCAACGCCACGCUGUUCCCCAUGUCGUGGCAGCACAUCUUCAUCCCCAUCCUGCCGCGCCACCUGGCGGACUACCUGCUGGCGCCCAUGCCCUUCCUCAUCGGCGUGCCCCGGUGCGUCAUGCAGACGGUGAGGAUGUCGGAGGUGGGCGACGUGGUGGUGCUGGACGUGGACGCCAACGAGCUGAGGACCCCCUUCCGCGACCUGGAGAGCCUCCCGCAGGACAUGGUAGCGAGCUUGCGGCGCGCGCUGAGCGACAAGCACGCGCUGGGCGACGCGGUGUCGCGCGCCUUCCUGCGGGCGCUCGUCGGCCUCAUCGGCGGCUACCGGGACGCCAUUCGAAUCGAAAAAGGUCAACUGAUAACCUUCAAUCCGGAAGCCUUUGUUAGAACGAGAAAGCAUAUGCAACCUUUCUUGAAAAAAAUACUGCAGUCUCAGAUUUUUCAGCAGUUCAUCGACGAAAGGCUGGAGCUGUUAAACUCGGGGCGCGGCUUCAGCGACGAGUUCGAGGCCGAAUGCAACGUUGCGGGCGCGGCGCCGCGCACGCGCACGCACUACCGCGAGUGGGCGCGCGCGCUGCGCAAGGAGGGCGGCGCGCUGCUGCGCUCCGUCAAGGACAAGGCGAACCCGGCAGUACAGUCGGCUGUCAAGACGGUACGUCAGGGCGGCAAAAACAUGAAGUCGGCUGUGAAGGGGUUAAAGAACAAGAUGCCUAAAACAAGUUCGAGACCAUCCUCCAUAAACACCAUCGACGAAAGCAGGCUGUCGAGCGAGUCGUCGUCGUCGUCGGGCUCGCCGUCGGGCUCGCCGCCGCGCUCGCCCGCGCCGCUGCCGCUGGAGCUGCUGUCGGAGAUGGAGCUGCUGCUGGGCGGCGCCGGGCCCAGCGCCGCCGAGCGCGCCAAAACUCUGACCCCCUGCCCCCCUCCCCGGCCCGCGCCCCCCCUCCGCUACCCGAUCGUGUCGACGCGCACGCUGGUGGACGUGUCGGACGCGCCCGCGCCGCCGCCGCGCGCGCACGCCGCGCCCGUGUGCGCGCGCCAAGAGACGCGCAGCGCGGGCGUGGCGGGCGCGCGCGCCAGCACGCUGCGCUUCUCGGGCGACGCGCUGCGCCUCACGCUGUCCAGCCGCGCGCCCGCCGCACGCGCGCCGCCGCCCGCCGCGCCGCAGCGAGUCCGAGAAACACACGACCCGCUCGGACGUCGGCGGGAUCUGAUAUCCGGCAGACCGACACCGUGCGCGCUGCGACCUCUAGUGGCCGCGCUACACUGGUCGCAGCUGGGCGCGUAUCAGCGACCCGAAGCUCGUUGCGCCGUGUUGCAGCCGGGCGGCGCGGACCUCAUCUCGCUGGGCGAGCCGGCGCGCGCCUCCGACAGCGCGCUGCUGCACGAGUACGGCCUGGACUUCAGCCGCUUCGGCCUGGCCGAGCCCGCGCCCGCCGCGCCGCGCGGCUGGACCACCUUCGACUAGCCGGGAGCGGAGCCCUCGUUAGACUCGAACGAGGCGCACCUGUGGAUCCGCGUCGGCUACGGGGAACCCGAACUCUACAGUCGCCGUGACCGAUUGUAAAGAAAGAAUUUAGCUAAAUCGCCCACUACCAAACUACCGAAUAUACGAGGGGCCUUGAAUAAUAAUAUUUUAAAUCAAUGAUACGCUUUCUCUAGCAACUAAAUUAAAUGUUAUUUACCUCGCGGCGAAAAUUUGAUUGUAUACUGUACAUAACUAUGUAAUGUUACACAUAUCAUUCUAAGCUGUAUAUUUCGUAGACGAUUGUUUUUAUUAUAUACAUAUUGUAAAGAUGAAGUCGUUUAGUGCUUCUAGUUCUUCCUAUUUGUUAUCGUUUCGUUGUUGAAUCGUGAUGUAUUUGUCUUCGUCUCGUCUACUGAGAAGCGGUCCGUGCGGUCGCCGGCAGGCGCGACAAAACGAAGACGACUGAAAUGAUUUUGUUAAUUGUAAAAAGCAAUAUUGUAUGAAUUAAUUUAUACUUAUAUUAUAAAUCAUGGUCUGUAUGUUUGAACUCGAAUCUCAAGACUACUAGCUCUGGCCCGUGACUUUAUCCUUGUUUGUUUAUUUCGUUUGCUCGGGCUAAAGACUGCAAAAUCUAUCUGUAGGGUGCUAGCUAUAUUAAUGCGAAAUUGUCAAUUCUAGCGAGUUCAAACGUACAGCACUAUGGUAUGAAUAGGUACCAAUAUAUUGUAUAUAUUGUUUAAUGUACAGAUGCAAUUUUAAAUUAUUUGAUGACGUUUUGUCUCUUAUGUACUAAUUGAACGUAUUUUCGUGAUUGAAAGCAAUAAAUAUACAUUAGUUAGUGAUACUUUGUAGCAGAACACCGUCCCGGCCGGGCUGCGCCAAUGGAAGACUAUCUCCCGAACUCAAGUUGUCGUGGUCCGCGCCUCCGACUUGAGGCCCUUUGUAACGUAACGGAGGCUGCGGUACUCACCUAGGCGCUACCUCCCGAAGGCGCCCCGACCGGCCGGUGUGAUAUAUUUUGAAGCAGAGUAAGAUGGAGUUGUUAUACUCUGGUAGCCUUGAGACGUGCGGCGACACGCUGUCCACUGGGAGGCGGGCGAGCUCCGCGACCGAACGCUCGGAAUCUACGAUGUAAUAACGUAUGCCUUUAUAUUUAACCAACGUAAUAAAAUCGAAGUACAAGUAGCUGUCUUUAGAUUAAAAUAUAUUAUCUCGUAUAUUAUUUUUAACUGUAUUUAAUUAUU